AUGGCCCAGGUUGCCGCUCUGCUUGUCGCCACAUCCUCGGGACGAGCUUUGGCUGAUGAGCUUGCCUCAAAAAAAUCUUACACAUACCUAAUUGGCGGCACGGAUGGUGUGCCAAAAGUCCUGCUUGGAGUUAACGGCCAGCCCGUGCUUAACCACUGGCUGGCGGCCAUCCAGCAAUGCUCCCGAUUAUCACCAUUGGAGGAGAAGGUCUUCAUCUUGUGCAAUGAAAACAACAUCGCUGACGUCCGCACCUGGGCGGCUGAUCCGCGUCUCUCCGCCGGCGGCUUUCCGCUUGGCAACGUGCUGAGCAAUGGCGCGGAAGACAGCCUCGGCCUGGCCGCCGACGUGGCUACGUUCCUGUCGGUCGCGCCGGCAUCGGUGGCCGGCGGCAGUCUGCUCAUCGCAGAGGCCGACGCGUUGUGCGGCCCUGGUUUCAGCGUCGCGCGCGCAGUGGAGCACGCUGUCAUGCGAGCCAAGGACACGUUGCUGUACAUGGCGGCACCAGAGGGCAUGGCUUUGGAAGGGGAAGCAGUCGUUCAGGUAGAGGAUCCGGCGACGGCGGCGGAGACGUCAUCACAGCGCGUGACGGGGAUGGAUCCGACGCCCGGCGGCAUCCCAGACAGUGCAGCGCUCACGGCAGUGCUAGCACCGGUGGCGGUGCUGCGGCCCCAGGCGUUGGAGCGCGUCGUCGCCGCCGCGGCGGCGGCGGGCACGUCCGCGUCGUCGACGCUUGGCGACAUGAUCUCCUCGCUGCAGCCGGGCAACAUUGCGCAUCCGCCCAUGUACGCCAUGCCUCUGGAUUGCUUCUUCCGCCUCUCGGAUGCCUAUCAUGUGACAAUGACCUCCAACUUUUAUGCGUUUUAUGCGAAAGAGAAGGCCGGCUACAAGGGCGACGCCGCACGGGCAUUGGAGGCCGCACGCAAGUUGCAGGAGCUGCACGAGGCGCGCACCAUUACAGGCGGCUCUGCGGCGGCGGGUGUGCGGUUGAUAGCGGAGCGCAAGGCGGCACGGCCGCCGGAGCCGUGCGUGGAUCCCGAGCUACGGAAGCUGUACGGCGAGUUCUACGACAGUUGGCUGCGCGGCGACCGGCACCACGAUCUGGCAGCGAUGGCAGGACGCGGCAUUACAGGCGCGUCGGUGCUGCUCGGCGGGUCAGGCGGUACGGGCCACUGCGGCGGCGGCGUUAAGGCCGGCAGCUCCAUGCCGGUGCGGUUCGCUGAUGCCACAACUCGCCGGCACAACGCCAAGGAGCAGCACCCCGUGUAUACCACCACCACGAACACGUAUGGGCUGAAGACACCGGCGCAGGCUGACAUGCCGCUCACCUACACGGCCGCCUCGCAACACUUCACCAAGUCUUUCCCCGUGUCGGCGCCCAAGAGCGCCGGUCUCGUCACUGCUGUCACAAAGUCCAAGGUGCACAAGACGCUGGAUGAUUUUUGA